UGCACAGCCACUCCGGGCUCUGUCAGUUCUCAAGCUGAGCUGGGGCUCUGAGACUGCCCCCGUGCAGUGCCUGGUGCUAGAAAGAAACUUUGCCUAGGCAGGGCUAAGAAAAGGGAAAAUACAGCACGCACCACGAGGAUCAGGGCACCUCCGUUCAAAGGAUUCCACAGCAGACACUCAUUCUACACCUGGAAGACAUGGAGGACAGGCCGGCAGACACUAAUGCCGGUGUUGACAACUCAGCAUCCCCAUCUGUGGCUCAACUCGCAGGCCGAUUCAGAGAGCAGGCAGCGGCCGUCUCAGCUAAGGAGCCACCAGCCAAUAAACCAACAAGAAGGAAACCACCUUGCUCCCUUUCCCUGUUCCCCCCCAAGAUAGAGAUGGGCCAGAAUGGUGAGGAGAAACCAUCACCCAAUGCAGGCCACCCUCCCAAAAUCAAGGUGAAAAACUCUCCUUUGAUUGAGAAGCUACAGGCCAAUUUAGCCUUUGAUCCCGCUGCCCUAUUGCCAGGCGCUUCACCUAAAAGUCCUGGAUUAAAGGCCGUUGUAUCUCCAUUUCAUAGCCCACCUUCCACCCCCAGCAGUCCAGGUGUGAAAUCCCGGUCCACUGAACCAGAAGAAGUGCCAGUCAGCUUUGACCAACCCCCUGAAGGCAGCCAUCUACCUAGUUACAAUAAGGUGCGGACACGAGGGUCAAUAAAGAGGAGACCUCCUUCCAGGAGAUUCAGACGGUCUCAGUCAGAUUGUGGGGUGGAUCUGGGAGAUUUGGGGGCAGCUGAAUCAUCUCAGGAGAAUGGUGCCAAGGAAGAGGACAGCAAUGAGGUGUUCACUCCCAAGAACAAAGCCUUGGGGUCUCCCCUUUCUAGUGACAGGGCAAUGGGCAAGGAGCUGAGGAGAAAGCUGGAAUCUGAUGAAAAGCCUCUGCUAAGGAGAUCAUGCAGUAUGACCGAGAACCCAGGGGAAAGGAGCAAGGCCUUGGAAGAAACCACAUCAUGGAGGAAUGCUGUGAAAAAUAAAGAGGGGAAAGAGCAGAAUACAGUGGAAGAUGAUGAAGGAGAAUCACACCAGAGCGUCACAGAUAAUAAAAAGGAAACGAGUGAGAGCCCAAAGGCAGAUGUAAAGGAGGCAUCUCCGGGGGCUUCUGGAGGGGAUAAGGAAAAGACAACUGAAGGUACUAUUUCAGAGAAGGAGGAAACAUCUGAGAAAAGCACAGGAGAUAAAGAGGGCAAACCUGGACAGAAGAACACAGGGGCUAAAGAUGGGGAACCGAAACAGAGUACUGCCACAGGGACAAAUGAGGAGAGACCUCAAAACACCCCCCAAGAGAAGGAAGGAGACAAUGCCACUGAGCCAGAAAAAGCCAAAGAAGAGAAUGAGCAAAAAGCAGGUAUUCCUGAGAACACAGACAACCAAGAAAUAACACACGAGCAAGAAAGCAAUGCUGGAAUGGGGCAUUCUCAGCUGGCAACAGAUUCUGAGACCACCAAUGAAGCCCCAACUGUGCAAUCCACCUGCAGUGCGGAGGAUGGUACCGUAGCACAGGAGGCUAAAAUGUAAAAAAAAAAAAAAAAAAAAAAAAAGAGCUCUAUUGUCCACCCUUGAUGAAGUUGCUGGAGUCACCUCUCUGGAAGGAGCAGCAAAAGCACCUGCAGGGAAUGGAGAAGCUCCAUUAGGAGCUCAUGAGAUAUCAGGAAUGCCAAAGAUACGGAAUCAGCCUGGAGUCAGAAGGGAUCACUGUUGCCUCAUAGCUUCUAAGCUGUAAUGUUCUUUAGGGGAGGGGGAAGAGAGGAUCCCAGUGUAAAAGGCUUUUCACCAACAGAAAUUUGGUUCAGGAAGUUCAUUGACAAACUUUAUAGAAGAAACCUAUUUAAAACCUCUCAUCAUUAACCUGGAGUCAACCCAGGGUUGGGCUUUCAGGGGACUGCCUACCCAAGCAACUGAGCUCUGGACACUUUUUUCUUAAGUCAUUUCUUGAUGUAGUCCAUCAAAUGUGCCUACGUCUGAGUUGUAACCUUUGUAAUUCUCUGAAAUUCUUACAGUUUUUAUAUAUAAGUAAAAACUAAUUUGGGGAUGGGAGGGGAUGGAAUACAGGAAAAAAGGAGGUUUAAGUGUGAAUAAUAAUCUGAAUCCUUCUAAAUCAUAAAAGACAUAGUCUUUCUUAAAAAAAAAAAAUCAGGACUUUUGAGACAAACUUUUAUCUCACUCAGUUUUGAGAUGGCCAAAGCAGUUUUUCAAGGACUAAACUAGAUGAGCUAAGUGUUGAAACAUUUUUUUCAAUCUGUACCAUAUUUAAUCCAUGAGCCUGAACUUGCUUUCCCUUUUGGAAAUGGUCUUCCUAGCUUAUGACUGCAAUGGCCGCCUAGGUACAUCCCCUUUCUGCCAUGUUAUGAGAAAGUAGGCUCUCCAAUGGAAAAGAAGGUUGUCCUCAGCACCAGAUGGGAAAUCAGAAUAUGUGGACCUCACUCCUCACUUCUCUCCCUCUUCCCUCCCCUCCCUCCCCCUAACUCAGUGUGGCCAAGUCAAACCCUUUGUUCCUCGAUUUCCUCUAUAAAAACAAAACCUGCCCUCUACUGGCAUGACAUGUUCAGGUGAGGAUAAAUGUUACUGCUCCAGAAAAUAAUUCUUAAUGAAAAGAUCUGUUAGGCUAUAUUAAAUAUUGCCAAGUAGAUGCUUUGUGGUCUUCAAUACACAUGUACUAGGUGAAGGUAAUCAUUCUUAAUAGCUUUUUGGAAAUGUCAUCAAGGCCACUAUUUCAAAUUGAGCUUCUUGAAGUAGUGAGUGAGGCAUGCUCUGUCAUGGAGAAGUGUCUUUCCCCAGAACCUACUUCUACAGGGUAUAUCUUUGCAUUAACAAGAGGUUUGUAUGAGGCAGAGAGACUGACCUCUUACCUCAAAUGCUCUCCAUUAUCUGCCAGGGCUAAAGGACAUUGGCCAGAAGAAAUCUGCACUUUGCAGGGCUGCUCCUGGGACUGACUUGAGUUUUGGGGCCUCCCAAAGUGCUAAUUCAGUGGGAUCUUGGCUCUGCGGGGUUCACACUGGAAAUCUUUGGAUAUUGGAAAAUGACCUUCCAGCCUGAAGGGUCUGGGGUUGCUCCCUGAACCUUGAUUUUCUCUUCCUAGUCACUCUUCUCUCUGAUUCCUGGAAAGAGUUAGCACGAGGCUAACAUUAUUUUUAAAAAUAACCUUGUCAUUAAAAAAGCAAUGGGUCAGCUAUGACAUGUUCUGACCCAGUCUGUUUUAGAGUGUGCAUAACUGUAUUACCGCAUAUACACACAUGUGUUUAAGAGUUCGGACACAUGUGCAUAUGUAUGAAUGUGUGUGAUGAAAGGGAAAGAUUUAUCCCAUUCCUUUACCCAGAAUGAAAUGGAAGGAAAA